AAAUGCCCCUAGUGGAUGUCUGCUUUAAUUCGGAGCUGGGGUUUCCUGUUGCAUUUCCCUGUUACAGUGAGGCAGGAACUCCCAGUUCGACUUCCCCGCCUGCCUGCGAUAACAUCGGCGAGAGGCGAGAUUCCACCGCAGCUAAGAAAAGUUUUUGCAGCUCUUUGGAAAAGUUCGACUUUGACAAGAAGAACACGCGGAUGUAGUGAUAUACAUCUAAACUCAAAAAACAGUCGGUAAAUGGGUUUGUAAGCCGACUGAACGGACCAUUUUCCUUGGAAAAGAAGAAAGGGACCAUGGCGUCCACGGUGACCUUGGAGGAUGCCCUCUCCAAUGUGGACCUGCUGGAGGAGCUGCCACUCCCUGACCAGCAGCCAUGCAUUGAGCCGCUGCCCUCCUCCGUCAUGUACCAGCCCAACUUCAACACCAACUUUGAGGACCGCAAUGCCUUCGUUACUGGGAUCGCGCGAUACAUUGAGCAGGCCACAGUUCACUCCAACAUGAAUGAGAUGCUGGAGGAGGGGCAGGGGUAUGCCGUCAUGCUUUACACCUGGAGGAGCUGCUCAAGAGCCAUCCCACAGGUCAAGUGCAAUGAACAACCCAAUAGGGUAGAGAUCUACGAGAAGACCGUUGAGGUUCUGGAGCCCGAAGUCACCAAGCUCAUGAACUUUAUGUACUUCCAGCGCACAGCCAUUGACCGCUUCUGUGGGGAGGUUAGGCGCCUGUGCCAUGCAGAGCGAAGGAAGGACUUUGUGUCGGAAGCCUACCUGCUUACGCUGGGCAAGUUCAUCAACAUGUUCGCCGUGCUGGACGAGCUCAAGAACAUGAAGUGCAGUGUCAAGAAUGACCACUCCGCCUACAAACGAGCUGCCCAGUUCCUCAGGAAAAUGUCCGAGCCUUCGUCCAUCCAGGAGUCGCAGAACCUUUCCAUGUUCCUGGCCAAUCACAACAAGAUCACCCAGUCUCUGCAGCAGCAGCUUGAGGUCAUCAACGGCUACGAGGAGCUCCUGGCCGACAUUGUCAACCUGUGCGCUGACUACUACGAGAACAAGAUGUACCUGACCCCCAGCGAGAAGCACAUGCUCCUCAAGGUAAUGGGCUUUGGUUUGUAUCUGAUGGACGGGAGCAACAGCAACAUCUACAAGCUGGAUGCUAAGAAGCGAAUCAACCUCACCAAGAUUGACAAGUUUUUCAAGCAACUGCAGGUUGUGCCGCUGUUUGGAGAUAUGCAGAUUGAGCUGUCCAGGUACAUCAAGACCAGCGCUCACUUCGAGGAGAACAAAUCCAGGUGGUCGUGUACAUCUGUAGGCAGCAGCCCACAGUACAAUAUCUGUGAGCAGAUGAUCCAGAUCCGAGAGGAUCAUAUGCGCUUUAUCUCUGAGCUGGCCUGCUACAGCAACAGCGAGGUGGUGACCGGUUCGGGGCGUCAGGAUGCCCAAAAGACAGAUAGUGAGUACCGGAAGCUGUUUGACUUGGCCCUGCAGGGCCUGCAGCUGCUGUCCCAGUGGAGCGCCCACGUCAUGGAGGUGUACUCCUGGAAACUGGUGCACCCCACGGACAAAUACUCCAACAAAGAAUGCCCUGACAAUGCUGAGGAGUAUGAACGAGCCACAAGAUACAACUACACCACUGAGGAGAAGUUUGCCCUGGUGGAGGUGAUGGCCAUGAUCAAGGGCCUGCAGGUGCUGAUGGGACGCAUGGAGAGCGUUUUCAACCACGCCAUCCGCCACACCAUCUACUCCGCCCUGCAGGACUUCGCCCAGAUCACCCUGCGCGAGCCGCUGCGACAGGCCAUCAAGAAGAAGAAGAACGUCAUCCAGAGUGUUCUCCAGGCCAUACGCAAGACCAUCUGUGACUGGGAGACAGGCCGCGAGCCUCACAACGACCCGGCACUCCGUGGAGAGAAGGACCCCAAGGGCGGCUUCGACAUCAAGGUUCCCCGCCGCGCCGUCGGGCCCUCCAGCACCCAGCUUUAUAUGGUGAGGACCAUGCUGGAGUCUCUCAUAGCAGACAAGAGUGGUUCUAAGAAGACUCUACGCAGCAGCCUAGAAGGCCCCACCAUCCUUGACAUCGAGAAGUUCCACCGCGAGUCCUUCUUUUACACGCACCUGCUCAACUUCAGUGAGACCCUUCAGCAGUGCUGUGACUUGUCCCAGCUGUGGUUCCGGGAGUUCUUCCUGGAGCUCACCAUGGGCCGCCGCAUCCAGUUCCCCAUUGAGAUGUCCAUGCCCUGGAUACUCACCGACCACAUCCUGGACACCAAGGAGGCGUCAAUGAUGGAGUAUGUGCUCUAUCCCCUAGACCUUUACAACGACAGUGCACACUAUGCCCUGACCAAGUUCAAGAAGCAGUUCCUCUACGAUGAGAUUGAGGCCGAGGUCAAUCUCUGCUUUGACCAGUUUGUUUACAAACUUGCCGAUCAAAUAUUCGCCUACUACAAAAUCCUGGCUGGAAGCCUUCUCCUGGACAAGCGGCUGAGAGCAGACUGUAAAAACCAAGGUGCUAACAUUCCAUGGCCAGCGUCUAACCGCUACGAGACGCUGCUAAAGCAGAGACAUGUCCAGCUGCUGGGUCGCUCCAUUGACCUGAACAGGUUGCUCACCCAGAGGUUGUCCGCCGCACUCCACAAGUCUCUGGAGCUGGCCAUCGGCCGCUUUGAGAGUGAGGACCUCACCUCCAUCAUGGAGCUGGAAGGUCUCCUGGAGAUAAACCGUAUGACCCAUAAGCUCCUGAGCAAGUUCCUGACACUGGACAGCAUGGACGCCAUGUUCCGGGAGGCCAACCACAACGUGUCCGCCCCCUAUGGCCGCAUCACCCUGCACGUCUUCUGGGAGCUGAACUACGACUUCCUGCCCAACUACUGCUACAAUGGCUCCACCAACAGGUUUGUUCGCACAGUCCUUCCGUUUUCGCAGGAGUUCCAGAGGGACAAGCCUCCUAAUGCCCAACCCCACUACCUGUAUGGGUCAAAGGCUCUGAAUCUUGCCUACAGCAGCAUAUUUGGCUUCUACCGGAACUUUGUUGGGCCUCCUCACAUCAAGGCAAUCUGCCGGUUGCUGGGCUAUCAGGGCAUCGCCGUGGUGAUGGAGGAGCUCUUGAAGGUCGUGAAAAGCCUGCUGCAAGGCACCAUCAUGCAGUAUGUGAAGACCCUGAUGGAGGUGAUGCCCAAGAUCUGCCGUCUGCCUCGCCACGAGUACGGCUCCCCAGGUAUUCUGGAGUUCUUCCACCACCAGCUGAAGGACAUCGUGGAGUACGCCGAGCUGAAGACUGUGUGCUUCCAGAACCUCAGGGAGGUGGGCAACGCCAUGCUCUUCUGCCUGCUGUGUGAGCAGAGUCUGAGGGGGAGCGUCUGGAUGCCAAGAUGAAGCGUUUGGAGGCCAAAUACACAGCACUGCACAUGGUGCCACUAAUUGAGCGCCUUGGAACACCGCAGCAAAUAGCCAUCGCUCGUGAGGGAGACCUGCUAACUAAAGAGAGGCUGUGCUGUGGCCUCUCCAUGUUCGAGGUCAUCUUGACCCGCGUGCGAGGUUUCCUCGACGACCCUAUCUGGCGCGGCCCGUUGCCCAGCAACGGCGUGAUGCACGUGGACGAGUGUGUGGAGUUCCACCGCCUCUGGAGUGCCAUGCAGUUUGUGUACUGCAUCCCCGUGGGAGCCCACGAGUUCACCGUGGAGCAAUGCUUUGGCGAUGGCCUCAACUGGGCUGGCUGCAUGAUCAUCACUCUACUUGGCCAGCACCGGCGUUUCGACAUCCUGGACUUCAGCUACCACCUGCUGAAGGUGCAGAAGCACGACGGCAAGGACGAGGUCAUCAAGAGUGUGCCACUGAAAAAGAUGGUUGACAGAAUCCGCAAGUACCAGAUCCUGAACGAUGAGAUUUUUGCGAUCCUCAACAAGUACCUGAAAUCUGGGGAUGGAGAGAACAUGCCAGUGGAACACGUGAGGUGCUUCCAGCCACCCAUACACCAAUCGCUAGCCAGCAACUGAAAUUCCAACCGCACCUUCCACCAAUCACAUGCCAUGAACUGAGAUUCUUCUGGAGGCAUUGUUCCUUGCCAGAGCCUAGCAAUCCAUUGAGUCCACUGAAUUUAGCAAGCCAGUAAGUGCACCAAACUGAAGUGUGUAAUUCCUAUUCAGCAAAGUAGCAUCUAAUGAAGAGAUAUCCUUCCUUUAACCACAUUCUCUUCUGUGUUCUUCUGAGCAAAAAGCAAACAAAACAAAUAUAUACAAUUAUAUUUUGUGGCCCAAGUUAGUUAUUGUCCGUAAAUGUUGUACACAUGUGCCUUAUUACAAAUGAAUAACUAUUAUCAUUAUGUUUUUUAGGAUAGUAUGCAGCUCAUUUUUCAUGUUUUCUAUAGAUAUGGAAAAAGUGGAGGGAGGGAGGGAGGAGGGUUUUUACAGCUAUUUAAAGGGUGUUGCUGUGGUGAAUAUCACAAGUAAUGGGGACCUAUUAGGUAAAAGGGGUUGAAGGUAGAGUAUAUUUUCUAUAUGGUGGAUUUGACAAAUUGCAUGCAAUACUGUGUUUUCUAUAAUCUUGAAAUUAAAGUAACCAAGUUCUUACCAAUGUUAAAACAUUAUUCCUUGUGCCUUUUUGUAUUUGAAUGAUUGUAACUUGAUUUUAAUUCAAUAAAUAUAACAUACAAAA